GAGGAAGAGGAGAAAGAGGAAGAGGAGGAGGUAGAGGAAGAAGAAUAGGAGGAGGCAGAGGAAGAAGCAGAGGAAGAAGAGGAGGCAGAGGAAGAAGAGGAGGAGGCGGAGGAGGAAGAAGAGUAGGAGGCAGAAGAAGAAGAGGAGGAGGAGGAGGAAGAGGAGGAGCAAGAGAAGGAAGAAGAGGAGGAGGUGGAGGAAGAAGAGGAGGAGGCAGAGGAAGAGAAGGAGGAGGUGGAAGAGGAAGAAGAGAAAGAGGAGGAAGAAAAUGAGGAGGCGGAGGAGAAAGACGAGGAGAAGGCGGAGGAAAAAGAGGAGGUGAAGGAAGCAGAGGAGGAGGUAGAGGAGUAA